AUGUCUGACUGGAUAUAUUAUAUCCAGUCUAACUUGUCUUCCGUGUCAUGGGGGAGCAGUGCGGCAGCAGCGGUGCCUCCCGCGUCUCCUACACCUGCAUACUACCAUGUCCUCUACCAAGGAUGUGCAGAAACCCAGGUGGGCUGGCAUGGGGAGACAUACUGCCUGGUUGGUGGCUACCGGCUCUAUGGGGACGCUCCGUUGGCCACUCCAGCCAAAGACAAAAUAGAGAGGCCAGCAGAGAAGCCAGCAGAGAAGCCCAAUCAGAGAGCUAGAGGGGCUCCCAAGAAACGCCGAGCACCAUCAGAGGCAGAAAAAACCUUGGGUUGCCGUGGCCCCAAAAUUCGACGCUUGGUCCACACUGAAAAGAGACAAAGGCCACGGAAGCUUGCUGGCUGA